AAAUUUUAUGGACGUUUAUAUUUAUUUGAAGGGUAUCUAAUAUCUACGAGGUUUGCUUUCUGAUAUGUCUGAUUUUGUUUGUGAUUUUGAUUUGAGUUAGUGUAAAUACUCUUAUGGGUAUUUUCUGUUUUGUGUGAUUGAAGUGUCUUAUAUAUUGUUUAACAUGAAUUUGGGGCGUAAAUUGUCUUUUUUAUUUUGGUUUUUCCGUACAAUGCUGUUGUUUAUUUAUUUGGUACAGAACGUAAACUAUCUUUGAAUUUUCUGGUGUGGGUUACAAGUAUCCCGUGAGUCAUGCUGAUAGUCGAACUGGUUUUAGGAGAGAACAAAGUGAUCAAUUGCUUGCCAAUGUGUCGAUGAAAUAUCAUAGGAUUUGUUGAUUUGAACACUUGGAAAUCCGAUUUUGAGUAUAUCCGCAUCAAGUAGAUGGUAUGACAAUGUGAUCACUUUGUUAAAGCAGUUAAUUAGAUGCAAAAUUUCCACAGCUAGGUAGAAUAGGAGACACAAGGUCAUCCCUAGAAAUCAUAUUCAAUGAUGAACAUUACAUUAUUAAGGAGUAAUCGUAACAGAUAUUCAGAGAAUCUUCUAACCACUACAAUGUUUCCAUAGACUCGUUUGAAGUCUUUUGGUUGUCCAACAACCCCGAUAUAUUUUAUGUUAUUAAAAAUUGAUUUCUUAUUAUCGAUUAUGAUCUACAAUUUCUACUGUGUGAAAUCAGAGCACUACUUUCUUGGUACGUCUUUCUUGCUUUGUACAUUAAUAACCAGGCUCUCAAAUAAAUUUCGAGGAUGCUUCUUCUCCCGGGAAUAAGAUCACACCAGAGACAUGCCUCAACAUUGUUGAUAAUAAGUCAAAGAUUUAGCAUUCUGAAUGAUCGUUUGAAAAUUUCUCUUUAUCUAAUACCAUGUUUGUCUUUGCUUCCACCGGUAGAUGGUGCCGUGAUGCCUUCCUGGUUUGACAUUCAUGAGAUUCCUGUGACAGCUGAUUCUCCAAAAGAUGAAAGCAGUGUCCUUAAAGCAGUUCAGGAUGUGCACGCAAUGCUAGACAAGGAAAUAGCUGCUGGCACAGAUCCAAAUAAUGUAUUUGUGUGUGGAUUCAGUCAAGGAGGUGCCUUGACGUUGGCAAGUGUUCUGAUGUACCCAAAAACUCUGGGUGGAGGUGCUGUUUUCAGUGGAUGGAUUCCUUUUAAUUCGUCUAUAAUAGAAAGGAUUUCACCAAAUGCAAAGCGGACACCCUUUUUGUGGUCUCAUGGAAUGGACGACAGAACUGUAUUGUUUGAAGCUGGACAAGCCGGUCCCCCUUUCCUUGAAAAAGCCGGUGUAAGCUGCGAGUUUAAGGCAUAUCCUAGUCUUGGUCAUUCAAUAAGUAGUGAGGAGCUGCGGUACCUAGAAUCAUGGAUCAAGACUCGGCUGCAAAGUUCUUCCUAAAGGCUUUAGAGGAACAAGAUUUCCAUUAUGGUCAUUGGUCUUUGACUCCGGUUGUCAUAGAAUCGUUAUAGAAAGAAACUUAAAUAUUCAAGCUAUGUCGCAUAUUAUGAUGAGAAUAAACAAAUGUAAAAGCUGAUGUUAUUCACUUUUGCCCAAGGCAACUUCACGCUGCUCAAUUUGAUUAUGGAGAAAUAAGAACAUACCAUUUACGCA